GUUCAUACUUGAUAGUCCAAGUGGGAUGGUUGCUCUAGAGCCUCCUCCUCUAGUGUCCGUAUAUAAAUACGUCGAAUACUAAACAAAUAGUAUAGCUUUGACACCCUACUCUAAGAUUCCCUACACCAAGCACCAACCAAUAACACCUCUCGUCCCUCUACCACCUCAGGCAUCCUUUAUAUGUGGUGCCAGUUCUUCCCCGUCGACCCAAAACCCUGAAAGAAAAACCCAACAAAACCACCUCACCCAUCAUAUCAGAUAUCCAGAGAGAAUUGAAAAUGGGAAUUGUAGAGGAAGCUCACAACGUACGGGUUCUCGGGUCGGGUCAGCGGAUCAUAGUCCUCGCCCACGGGUUCGGAACCGACCAGUCAGUCUGGAAGCACCUUGUCCCCCACCUUGUCGACGACUACAAGGUUCUCAUGUACGACAACAUGGGCGCCGGAACGACCAACCCCGACUACUUCGACUUCGACCGCUACUCCACGCUCGAGGGCUACGCGUACGACUUACUCGCCAUCCUCGAGGAGUUUCAGGUCGAGAGUUGCAUCUUUGUGGGCCACUCUGUUUCCGGCAUGAUUGGCGCCAUCGCAGCCGUCAUGAGGCCGGACCUUUUCACCAAGCUUGUUAUGAUCGCCGCCUCGCCAAGGUAUCUGAACGACUCGGACUACUACGGGGGGUUCGAGCAAGAAGACCUAGAGCAACUCUUCGAAGCCAUCCGCUCAAACUACAAGGCUUGGUGUUCCGGCUUCGCACCGCUUGCCGUGGGCGGCGACAUGGACUCGGUAGCCGUCCAGGAGUUCAGCCGGACCCUAUUCAACAUGAGGCCAGACAUAGCCCUCAGCGUGGCUCAGACCAUUUUCCAAAGCGACAUGAGGCAGGUCAUCGGCAUGGUCACGGUGCCGUGCCACAUAUUGCAAAGUGUUAAGGACUUGGCGGUGCCUGUGGUGGUGACGGAGUAUCUACACCAGAAUUUGGGGGGUGAGUCGAUCGUGGAGGUGAUGUCGUCAGACGGGCAUCUUCCCCAGCUGAGCUCGCCGGAUAUUGUGAUCCCGGUGCUGCUCCGCCACAUUAGGCAUGAUAUUGCGGUGUAAUGAAGUUUAAGUCAAAUGUUAUGUGGUUUUUGUGUGAAAUGAGGAGGGGUGGUCAUUAGGUGGUCUGGGGAUAGUUGAUUUUCGUUUUAACAUGUGAUGGUGUUUGGGGUCCCUCGUUGGAUAAGUGUUCAAACUUAUAGACUCACAUGGAAGCGUCAUAGGAAGGUAUGGAAGCUGUUGUGCCAACGUCUCACUCCUUCCAGGAAAUGAUAUCCCAUAUUCCCAUUUGCAUUUGAACGAAUAAAUGUGUUUGAAAAA